AUGGAUAUGAACCAUUUAAUAGGUCAGCGUUUCAACCUGAUCUCCAAGAGCGACAUUCGAUAUGUCGGCACCCUCCAUGAAAUCAACCCGGAAGCCUCCACGAUAGCCCUUGAGAAUGUCAUGUCCUAUGGCACAGAAGGCCGGCGGGGGAAUCCCGCCGAUGAGGUUGCCCCAUCCAGCAGUGUCUACGAGUACAUCGUCUUUCGGGGUAGCGAUGUGAAGGACAUCAGCGUCGCUGGGGAGGAAAAACCAGAACCCGCGAAGCCAGAGCAACCUCAGGUCCCAAAUGACCCUGCCAUCCUAGGAAGCAUGCCGCGACCUGGACCGGGACCCGGCCCUGAGCCGGGAUCUGCCCCCCAGGCUAUCCCUCAGUCCCAACCUCCUCCGCAACAGGCUCAGGGCGCUCGCCAGCCUCCUCAGGGCUUCCCUCAACAGCCGCAAUUCCCGCCAGGCUACUACCCACCAUACGGCCAACGGUUUGGGCCACCUCCUCCCUUUCCUCCUGGACCUGGUUUCCCCAACAUGCCCUAUGGCGCUCCGCCAGGCUGGUAUCCUCCUCCAGGCCACCCAUUCCCUCAGGGCCCUGGCCAGUUCCCUCCUCAAAUGCCAAUUGGGCCUCCUGGUGCUGCACCUCCGCCCAAACCUACCUCUGAACUCCCUGUUGGGGAUAAGCCUUCAAGCCGAAAUGCUACACCCGCCGCACAAAAUGCUCCUACUCCUCCCGUUGAGUCCAAGCCAACGGUAGCGGAAGCUAUGCAAAGUUCAGUGCCUCCUUCUGUUGCGGCUGCCGCUCAGAGGGGUGGGCGGGCUGUGCCGGCUAUCCCGAUUGCUGCUCCUGCUAAGCCUGCCGCACCCGUUGCUGGCCCUCCUGCUACGGAUGCUACAGCUGCUGCUACGGCCGCCGUUGCCGCAGCGAUGGCCAAGUUACCGCAGCCCGGUGCGCAGAAGGCCGACGUUGAGACCGUUACACGGAAGAUGAACGAGAUGCGGCCGUACGAUAACAACCGUGCGCCUCGAGGUGGACGCGGUGGGCGUGGGGCUGCUCGCACGCAGCAGCAGCAGCACAAGAAGAUGGAACUCCCUCAGUCGGAUUACGACUUUGAGACGGCGAAUGCCAAAUUCAACAAGCAGGAUUUGGUCAAGGAAGCCAUUGCCACUGGAUCUCCGGCGGCCGAGGCGGAAGCUCAUGCCCCUCCCACUAGCGAGGACCAAGUUGAUGAUACCAACGGCACCCACGGUGCCUACAACCGGACCACCUCAUUCUUCGAUAACAUCUCGAGUGAGGCUCGGGACCGCGAAGAGAAUGUGAGCACCCGGUUCGGCGGCCGCGAGUGGCGCGCUGAAGAGGAGAAACGGAACAUGGAUACCUUCGGCCAAGGCAGUGUCGACGGGUACCGUGGUCGUGGUCGUGGACGCGGACGAGGCUAUGGCCGCGGCCGCGGCGGCUACGGUCGUGGAUACGGUCAAGGCUAUGGGCGAGGCCGGGGUGGAAUGCGCGGGGGCCGUGCUCCAUCGGCGCAGUCGACGGGCGUUCCGUCACAGAACUGA